GUUUGCUUCUUUUUUCGUGUGUAGUACAACAAAUGUCUUUUCAGAAAUACGAAGAAGAUUACGGUGAUGCAGUGGAAUAUAAACGAACGUACGAGUUAGUGGUAUGCCAACAACCUUUGCAUGCGCGCAUGUGUGGGUUUGGAGAGAAGGAUCGACGACCGAUUGACCCACCACCUAUUGUACAGUUGAUUGUGAGACAUGAAGGACAAGAGACGUGGGUUGAUUUGCAAUCACUACAGACACCGUUCUUUGUAUUACAUGUGACGCUGUGGUCAGCUGAUGGAACUGAAGAGCGUAAUAUCAUUUCGAACCCACCUAAAUGUACGCGUGUAUUAAUGGGAUCAUUGGUGAGUUCCCCUAGUCUAUUAAAGAACCCAGAGGGAGACCAAGGAUUAUAUUUUGCAUUUCCUGAUCUCAGUAUAAGAACAGAGGGACAAUAUACCUUACGAUUUAGUCUGAUCAAAUUAGUCAGUUCGGAUUUUCAACCGAACGCUGUCUCGAGAGUCAUUAGUCAAGUGUAUUCAGACCCAUUUACUGUCUACUCUGCUAAAAAGUUCCCCGGAAUGACAGAAUCCACCGAGUUAUCCAAAGUGUUUGCUAAACAAGGUUUAAAAAUACCCAUCCGAAAUGACGUGAGAGCAAAAAAAGUUGACUGAAAAAGAGUCAUUAUUAUAUUAUUAGGGGUGUGAGUGUGUGUGUGUGUGUGUGUGGCUUGUGGGCAAAAAAAAAAAAAAAAAAUCAAAUAAAAGCAAAUUUUUUCUAUGGCCCCCCCCCCUUUU